UAGCAGUAGGAAGGUAUAAAAGCAGGUGGUACCUAACUGCAGUCAAAAAGCUUCAGAGUCCAGUGAGGACCACAGAGAGAAUACACACUGCACCUCAGUGAGCAUCACCAUGCAGAAACUCAACAACCGGGCAGAGAGCCACCUGAGCAGCCAGGUGGAGUGUGAACUGGAGAACUUGGGGAAAAGGGCAUGGGUGAACCAGGCCUACUGCGGCACUCCUCCACCGGUGCAUCGCUCCAUCAGCACUGUCUAUAACCCUCAACCCCUCUUCCACAGCCAGCUGGACAGCAUGGGCAAAGUCAGUGCACCCAAUCCGUACCCUGCAGAGAACAGCGUGAUGAACCAGUACCACGAGAAGAAAAGCUCUGGAUGCUGCUCCUUCCUUCUAAGAGGUAUUAAAGGGCUGUGGGGAACUACGCUGACAAAAGAUACGACAGAGAAUCGAGAACUGUUUGUAAGAACCACCCUGCGAGAGUUAGUCGUCUACAUUGUUUUUCUUGUGGAUAUGUGUCUGUUGACAUACGGUAUGACCAGCUCCACCACCUACUACUACACUAAAGUUAUGACGGAUCUGUUUGUGAACGCUCCGAGUGACAGUGGGGUCACAUUCCAGUCCAUUGGAACAAUGGAUGAUUUCUGGAGUUAUGCACAAGGUCCACUGCUGGAUGGUCUCUACUGGACCAGCUGGUACAACAACCAGUCUCUUCAGACUGGAACUCACUCCUUCAUCUACUAUGAGAACAUGCUGCUGGGUGUCCCCCGCGUCCGUCAGCUGAAAGUAAAGAACAAGUCGUGUAAGGUGCACAAGGACUUCGAGGAGGAAAUCUCUGACUGUUUUGAUGUGUACAAUGAGAAGAAAGAAGAUGACAGCUCAUUUGGGCUCAUCAAUGGGACAGCGUGGCAAUACCACACUGAAAAAGAACUAAAAGGGUCAAACCACUGGGGCAUGCUGGCCACAUACAGUGGAGGAGGGUACUACCAGGACCUGGCCUUAACCAAAGAGGAAAGUGCUGGUGUUCUUGCAAAUCUCAACAAUAACCUGUGGCUGGACCAUGGAACCAGGGCUGUUUUCAUCGACUUUUCAACAUAUAACGCCAACAUUAAUCUCUUCUGUGUUAUUAGAUUAGUGGUUGAGUUCCCAGCCACUGGUGGAGCGAUCCCUUCCUACCAGAUCCGAACAGUGAAGUUGAUUCGGUACAUUACCACAUGGGACUACUUUAUCAUUGGCUGUGAGAUAGUGUUCUGUGUGUUUAUUCUGUACUACAUUGUGGAGGAGAUACUGGAGCUCCGUAUACACAAACUCUCAUACUUCAAAAGCAUCUGGAACAUUCUGGAUGUGGUGAUCAUAAUGCUUGCUAUUGUUGCAAUUGUCUUCAAUGUAUUUCGGACCAUUAAAGUUGACAAAUUACUUGGGAAUCUACUAAAAGAGCCGAGCAUAUAUGCAGAUUUUGAAUUUCUGGCAUUUUGGCAAACACAGUACAACAACAUGAAUGCUGUCAACUUGUUCUUUGCCUGGAUCAAGAUAUUUAAGUACAUCAGUUUCAAUAAGACGAUGACUCAGCUGUCCUCUACUCUGGCCCGCUGCGCCACUGAUAUCCUGGGCUUUGCCAUCAUGUUCUUCAUUGUGUUUUUUGCUUACGCUCAGCUGGGUUAUCUUCUCUUCGGCACUGAGGUUGAAUCAUUCAGCACUUUUCACAAAUGCAUAUUUACACAGUUUCGCAUCAUCCUUGGAGAUUUUGACUAUGAUGGCAUUGAAAGGGCAAACAGAGUCCUGGGACCCAUUUACUUUUUUACAUAUGUGUUCUUUGUGUUCUUUGUACUACUGAACAUGUUUUUGGCCAUCAUCAAUGACACAUAUUCUGAGGUGAAGGAGGAGCUUGCAUCCCAGAAAGAUGAUCUCCAGAUUACUGACCUAAUUAAACAGAGUUAUUCAAAAACCUUCAUGAAGCUGAAGCUUAAAAAGGAAAAGAUCUCCGAUGUCCAAAAGGUCUUGCGUUCAGGAUCAAAAGAGCUUGAAUUCAAAGACUUCAGAGAAACUCUGAAAGAAAUGGGUCAUGCUGAUCAUGAGAUUUCAGCAGCUUUCUCCAAAUUUGACUACGAUGGGAACCAGAUCUUAGACAAGGAGGAGCAGGAGACUAUGAAACAAGAGCUGGAGGAGAAAAGGGAUGCACUCAGUGUAGAGCUCCAUAAUCUUGGAAUAAACUAUGAAAAAAAUGGAAAAGAAACAGACGAUAAUGAGAAAACAAACUCCGUCUUAGUGACUGCGCAACAGUUCCAGAUGUUGGUUAAACAGGUGGUUGAACUGGAAUGUUCUCUAGCCACCACAAUGGCCAAGAUUGAUGUGGUCAUGGAGAAACUGGGACUUCAGGACGCUGGUAAAACAAACAAAAAAGAUGCCACAGGAAAACAUCUGACUAUCAGGAAUGAGCAGGAGAGGCCUGUCUCUGGAGGGAAUGUUCUGGUAAACCUGGACCGAAGCCUGGGGCCAUCCUGGCCAUCAGCUGCUCGCACUGGGAAUGCAGGCAGUGGUUUAUAUUCAGACAUAGGCUGGCCUGUUGUCACAGAAAACAGCACCUCUUCACGCCACUGAAACAGGCACAAGGACACAUGGCAUCACAGUAAUGCACAAACAAAUUAAGGCUUUAUGAGACAUCAUACAACAAAUAUUGUAGAAAUGUUUAUAAGUAUAUAGUGUGGAACAGUGAUUACUAUUCCUCCUAUUGGACAUUUGCUUUCCUCUAUAGUUAAACUCUAGUCAAUCAAAUUGUUAACUUCAGAUGUUCAUAGGAGCAAUUCAGUCACCUGAUUCGUUACCUUCUCUUUAUGGAUGUGAAAAUGUACAAACAUUUACCUGUCAGUCAUUGCAUGUCUGUUGAAGAAAGUGUGUAUUGCUUGGUGUUGGAAGAUGAUGUAAAUGAAGGUAGUUGAUCAACUGCUGUCCCUUAACUCCACAUUCUGUGGGAGGACAUAGAGUAAGCCUGUAUUGGCAAAAACAUGGUGAUACAAUAGAGUGGUUAUGAUUUAAUAUAGCAUAUUUUUCGCACUAUAAGGUGCACAGGAUUGUAAGGCGCACUAUCAAUGAGCAUCUAGUUUCUGGUAUUUUUUCGUACAAAAGGCGCAUCAGAUUAUGCAAGCUAGUAAGGAACAGGGGUGUCGCAAGCUGAACAGGGGUGUCAAACAAGCGCUGGAUGUUAAUCUACACAAAUUUCUCUUCUGGGUGAGUAAAGCGCUUCGUUUAUUUACAGUAAGCUUAGAUUUCCAGAUUUCCACUAAGGCAGGGAGCAGCAGCAUUAGCAGCUGACCACUAGCAUUAGCCACCCAACAGCACUACACUGAGGAACCCUGAGUGUACUGGUAAGCCAGGUUGAUAUUACCUAGCAGUUGGUCCCACGUAGGUUGUUUUAACAUGGUAAACACAAGCUACAGUCUGAUAAUACUCACAUCUGAACAGCAAAAGGGCUAGUGCUUAGCAAAGUUAGCAGCCAAUGCUUAUACUGCUCCAGCAGUGCUAGCUGGGGUUAGCAACAGGAAAUUUUGGAAAAAUUUAAAGAUUUUAGUGUGCCUUAUAGUGCGAAAAAUACAAUACAUUGUGAUACUGCAAGCAAGGAGAUAUUUUGAGAUUGUUUAAAUCAAAUUUUAGGAGAACAGACCUGUGUUCUGUGCGCCCUAUGGACAAAGUACUAUGUUGAUAAUAAGCAGCCUAGGUUUAAACACUACAAAAAAAACACCAUUUUUACUGGUAAACAUUUUUGUUAAUUCAUAGAGGAUUACAAACCAAAAUGUUCUUACAUGGUAUGGAUAAAGAUCUUGAUUAGCUGAGGUUUGCAGAACAAUGAUGUAUAUAAUUUAAAGUGGACAAGUAGAAUAAUUUCACGAUUGUCUUAGAAAUAGCCUAGGUUAUGUCAAACAUUGUAAUUUCUGGUAAUCGGUGUGACGCUGUUAUUUCUUAGCAAUGGUUUCACCUCAGAUUUCAGACAACAUACAGUAAAUAUCAGGUCAGCUCUCAGCAGACUAAUAUGAAAUGUUCUGGUUCUAUUGUACUUGAUACCUCUAUGUCUAAAAUAUAUAACCAAUACUGGAGGACAAAAGGUUAUAAAAUAAGAACAAAAACAGAAGUGUAUACUCCUGUGCUGUCUUGUUGGCAUGUAUACAGCAGUACUAGGAUUAUUUGCCUUGAUUUGUAUCAAAUAGAUCAUGUUGCAAUCCUUAUUUUUGUCAAGCAUGUGUCUGAUGUUAGUGACUACUCUACAGAUGUAUAAAUUAACUUACAUCAUAUUGAGAGAUGUAGGCAUUACUGAAACAAACUGAAUUCAUCAUCCUAUGCUUAAUGUUAUGAUAUUAAAUUGUGAACUGUGAUGUUAAAAUCGUUUAGUAACAUUGAAUCAAUUUAUGUAUUUUCCCCUUAUUCUUGUAAGGCACA